AUGUUCAUUACACGAGCUCUCUUGAGCCUGGCCCUUGCGGUCUCCUUCCCGCCGACCAUCGCCGCCCAAUUCACCACCUCCUUACUAACUCCCAACACCAAAACGACGAUCCAACUUCGUAAUCAGGACGGCACCGCGUCCGCACUCCCAUCCUCAUCCAAAACCUUCCAGUCCACCACCGACAUCGUCGUCGCCCGCAACGUCGAAGACCCCGACUACUUCCCCACCUGGAUCGGGAAAGCCUGCCCCGGCGCCCAGAAAUACAAUCUCGAGGUUCCAGAGGAUUGGGCCUGGGGCAAGGCCUUCGAAGCCAAAGUGAACAUUUGGUACCUCGAAGGGUUGCCGGGAAAGCCGAAGAAUGGGAAGGGACCGAGGACUUGUGGACGAGUGGCCUGUAGAGGCGAUACGGCUAUUUAUUGGUGCAAUAAUGAUAGGUGA